AUGCUAAUAUUCAAAAAUGCUAAUAUUCAAAAACUAAAUCUUGCUCUCACUUUAAAUACUGGUCAGAAUUUUCGAUGGCGAUUAAUCGAUUCGAAUAAAUGGCUUGGUGUGAUUUCCAAUCUUUAUGUGGUCAUUCUGGAACAAUGUGACCAAACCAUUGGCUACGAAGUUAUCAAUGUUGAUCAUGUUAUCAGUACCUGGCCAGCAAAAGUUUCGACGAAAAAAAUCCACAAUUCUUUUCAUAAUCAACUUGAACAUUACUUUCGAUUAGAUAUAGAUCUCGAUCAUCUUUAUGAUCAUUGGUCUCGAUGUGAUCGUCAUUUCCAUCAAAUAAGCAGCCGUCUAAAAGGCAUACGUCUAUUACGUCAAGAUAUUGUCGAGAAUGUUUUCUCUUUUAUUUGUUCAUCGAAUAACAAUAUUCAACGAAUAUCAAAGAUGGUGGAAACUUUAUGUCGACAAUAUGGUACCAAACUUUUUAGUUCCCACGAUCAAUCAAUCAUCACAGAGGAUGUAUAUUCAUUUCCGGAAAUUUCUACACUUGUCGUUGGUGAUCAAAUCGAACGUCAACUACGUGAACUAGGAUUUGGAUAUCGUGCUCGAUUCAUUUGUCAAACUGCUCAACAAAUUAUGAAUCAAAGCAAUCAGAAUCCAGAAGAAUGGAUCAAACGGUUAACUCGAUCUUCCUAUGAAGAUGCUCGCCAGUUGUUGAUGUCAUUGCCAGGCAUUGGUGCCAAAGUAGCCGAUUGUAUCUGCUUAAUGUCUCUUGGUUUCACUGACUCAGUGCCGAUUGACACACAUGUACUGCAAUUGACAUCCAAACUUUAUGCAAAUGAAAAUUCAUCAUUCAAAAUGACAAAAUCAUCAUUAACUGCCAAAAAAUAUGCAGAAAUUGGAGAUUUUUAUCGUCAAAAAUUUCAAUUACACCCUGGUUGGGCCCAGACUGUGCUAUUCUGUUCGGAUCUGAAACAAAAUUCGCAUCAAAAAAUCAAAAAAACAAGAUUAUCCAGCAAUGAAAAAAAAUGACAAUAGAAAAAGAAAUUGAGCGUCAAAAAGCUUGAUGAAAACUGAAAAUCGAAUGAUUUUGUU